AUGAUUAUUUGUUGGAAUGUUAUAGGAAUAAAUAAUGCUGGGAAGAGUAGAGAGGUGUUUGCUAGGAUAAACAACCUCAACCCUGCAUUAUCCAUUUUAGUAGGGACUAGAGUUAAACACCACAAGGCUCAAUCCAUUAGGAAUAAACUUGGGACAAAAAGGAAGUAUCUGGAUAAUUAUGAGAAACAUUACAAUGGUAAAAUCUGGGUUUUGCAAGAUGAAACCAGGUUAAAGGUGAAAAAGCUCAAUAGCUCACACCAUUUCAUCCACUUAGAAAUGGAAAACAUUCAUGAUGGGAAAAAGAAGUGGUGUACAACUAUAUAUGGUUUAAAUACUCUUGAUAUGAGAAAGAGGCUUUUGAGGAGGGACAUUGAAAAUCUUCCAUCUAAUAGUUACUGGUUCAUCAUUGGAGAUUUCAAUAAUGUCUGUAGUGCCUUGGAUAGGAUUAGUGGGAAGGAUGUAGUGGAAGGAGAAUACACAGACCUUACCAACAUGAUGGAAAAUAUGGGUUUGUAUGAAAAAGAUAGUGUGGGAGACCACUUCACAUGGUUUAACAACCAUGAUCAUGAAGCCAUAUAUUCUAUAAUUGAUAGAGUUAUUGGAAACAUGAUAUGGAUUCAAAACAAUAUGAACACUCCCUUUAGAAUCACGGAAGCUGGAGUCGCAAAUCAUGCUCUUCUCUGUCUUGAGGGGUUAAGUGUGAAUCAGCCUAAGAAACCAAUGUUCAAAUUCCAAAAUGUUGUUAUCAACUUGGAAGGUUUCCAUGAAGCUGUUAGAUUAAAUUGGAAUCAUCAAGUAGAGGGGACUGCUAUGUUCAUAAUGUGGAAGAAGUUGCUGAACCUAAAAAACACUAUAAGAGAUUUGAGCAAGCCUUUGAAUGGGGUUAAGGAGCAACUAGAAUCAGCCAGAAACAGGUUGAAAGAGGCUCAAAUCCUUUUGGAGAGGGACAUGCUAAAUAGUAGGCUCAUAGAGGAAACUAAAACUUUAACUGAAGAUGUUAUCAUACUUAACAACAUUGAAGAACCGUUAAUCUAUCAAAGAGAAAAAAUCAACUAG